CCUUCCUUUUGCACUUUCUGUUUGCUUAUAGUAUUAUGGAAUUCUUUAGCUAAUAUCAAUGUUGGCUUUUCUUAUGUCAAGUUGCAAAAUGUUUUGCAGAUUGGUGACAAAAGAAACUGUUUGUUCUAUUCUUUUUAACCCAAGCAUGAAAAUCAUCAAUUCCCAUGGAUUCAGUUUGCAUCAUAAUGGGUCCCUUUUCAUUUCCCAAGAACUAUAUUGGGACAAUUCUGACUUCAACCAUCAUCAUUGGAUGAUUUUGGAACACUCUAGGUUUGGUCACUUCAGCCACAUAAUAGUUUAGGCAAUACUCAUGACUGCUACUUAGUCUUCCUUUAUCUUUGAUCUGAACAGUACUCGUCGGCAGACUCAAUCAAAGACCUAGGCUUGACCUCCAUUUUACUUGCUUCAGAAUCAAUAAAGCCUCCUCACACCAGUCAACAUGGGACCUCUUUUUCUGUGUGUGGAUCGGUUCUUAGAGCAAUUUGAUGAAGUCUGGAGACUGACAUAUACUCAAAUCAAAUAACCAAAGGUUCUUGAGAGUCUCCAUUAUAUCUAGGGAAGAUCAAUGUCAUGAAGUAGAAGAACCAAGGUGUCUAUGCAUCAAAGUUGGAAACUUGUCCAGCAACAUUUGUAAUUUUUUCAUCACUAGUUUUAGCGACAAUUUUAUAAGAUAUUUUGGAGUCCAACCAGAGUUAAAUUAAUGUCCAAAGGCCCUAAUAUGGUACAUCAUAUGUUAGGGUCCCUUUUCUUUUUUCUUUUUUUCUCUAAACUUGUAUACUUGUAUUUGGGAGAUUUUAGAGUUAUCUUCAGAUAAUUUCAUAGGGUGAUGGGAUUUACUAUCUUCCCUUUGCAUAGAAAAAACCAAGUCUCUGUUUAAUAGUGCAAAAUCAUUCAAUUGUCUUCAGCAGUGGAUUAUUAUUUUCUCAUGAAUGUGUGAGUUUUUUUCAUCAGCAGAUUUAAUGCCAUAGUUCGGUAUCAGUUUGGUAAAUGUGAUAUUUGAUCUACAUACCUUUUGUUUCCAUAAGGUCAUAAAUGUCAUAAUACUUGCUAUGCGAGAAAUUUGUUGCAGUGGUAGUGACCAAGUAAAAAAUUACCCUUCCUAAAAUUUGACUUUAGUUUUCUGUAGAGUGAUGUUAAUUCAAGGAUUUUAAGCUAAGUUAUUAAGAAAAUCUCUGCAGCGCCAGACCUGAUAUUCGAGUAGAGAAAUUGGAAGAAGAAAGAAUAUUUUGGUGAAAAGGUGGAAUUAGCUAAGCACAGGAAGUUGAUAUUAAUGAAUGGAUUCCUUAUAAACAUUUAAUAAGCUAGUCAAUUGGUGUGAUCGGUCAUUAAAAUUGUUUCCUUUUUUAUCUUUCUUUUUUUGGUUUUGUCUGCAAUAUGCUGACAUGUGAGCUAUUGUUGAUGAAGAACAUGAUGCACUGAUACUAAUCUAAUACAGGACAGGCGCAUUGAGGGAACAAAGAACAUGUAUUUCUUUAUUCGGGGAUAUGAUAGCCGUGGAGUUAAAAGGGGGAAGAUAAUAGAUGUGAAAUAAGUAAGAAAUGAUGAAUGUCAGACCGGUUUAGAGCGUCUGAACCAAAUCAGCCUUUGUUCGAACCGUCUCCGAGCCAUUCUAACGACAAGGUGGGCUAAACUAUACCAAAUCAAGCCCGAUCUAAACCCAACUUCCCCCUCCCCCAACCCCUGUGACGCCAUGGAAGGGACUUCUUUCCCGUGGAAGGUGCCCGGUGACGAUUGUCCUUCCUUUGCGUGAAAGGCGGCUGUCGAUUAUAAGUCGGCCAUCCUCCCUUCUACCCUCUCGGUGUUGCUCUCCCUGUGCCUCCCAGCCGACGCCCCUCUCCCGUGCUCAGCCCCCCUUCUCUCUCUCUCUCUCUCUCUCUCGAGCAGAGGGAGAUAGAGCACUCAGGCCGCCUCCUCCUCCCCCAGCUCCUCCCCCCGACAGCCCCCUUUCUCUAUCUCCCAGCCGCGAGAUCGCCGUGAAUUUGCCAUCUAGGGGGUUCUGAGGUCUUUGGAGAGGAGGAGAAGACGAUGGGGACGAGAGAAGUAUACGAGGAGAAGCUCCGGAGAGGCAAUCUACACCAUGACCCCACGAUUAAUCCUGGCUUAGGCUCUGCUCGUUGCCCCCGUUGCCUCUCUCUCAUAAACCCUAACUCAGAAAAAGAGGAAUGGGCCAUCAACUCUGUUUUGCAUGAUGCAACUUUUGUGGCUGGUUCAGGGGCUGGCGUGAUGCUUAGUGCUGUCCAUGGGAUGAAUAUAGGGAUUCCUUUUGUUCAGAAGCAUGUAAAGGGGCCCAAAUGGCUGCAUUUUCUUUUCGUGAUUCCUCCACUGCUGUUGUAUUCAGGAGCUAGUGCAUCAUUAGGAGCUUACGCCGUUCCAAGGUUUGCUCAGCUGACUGUGACAUCUUAUUAUGCUGCUUCAAGUGCAUCACACUAUGCGGUAUCACGAGCCACUCGAUACAUCGAAGAAUCCCAUUCAUCUCAAUCUUCGAGAGAUGUCUAAAAUCCAUACUUGGGACCAUUUUCUGUGUUUUAAUAUGUCGAAGCAACAUUUCCUUUAUAUAGAAUAGUUGGAGGAGUUCUCUUUC